CCCUAGGCUAGACCCUUCUUCUUCUUCUUCUUCUUCUGCUUCUUCCUCCUCGCUCUCUCUCUCUCGCUCUCGCUCUCUCACAAAGGCAGCAGAGGAAGUGAAAGUUGAAAAAUGAUUCUGUUGUUCGAAACGCCGGCGGGGUUCGCCCUCUUCAAGGUUUUUGAUGAAGGGAGGCUCAAUAAAGUUGAGGACUUAUGGAAAGAGUUUUCCAGUCCAGAGUCAGCUAGACAGGUGGUGAAGCUGAAAGCAUUUUCUAAGUUUGAGAAUACGUCUGAAGCUUUGGAAGCAACAACUUUGUUGAUUGAUAGCAAGCCCAGCAAGGGACUGCGCAAGUUCUUGCGUGCCCAUUGUGAUGGGGAAACAUUAGCUGUAGCUGAUUCAAAGCUUGGGAACAUCAUUAAGGACAAACUGAAAAUAGAAUGUGUCCACAACCAAGCUGUGAUGGAGUUGAUGAGAGGAAUCAGAAAUCAGAUGACUGAGCUCAUAUCUGGCCUUGGCGUUCAAGACUUGGCACCAAUGAGCUUGGGUUUGUCUCAUAGCUUAUCUAGAUACAAACUGAAGUUCAGUGCUGACAAGGUGGAUACGAUGAUCAUUCAAGCCAUUGGUUUGCUUGAUGAUCUUGACAAAGAGUUGAAUACAUAUGCAAUGAGGGUGAGAGAAUGGUAUGGUUGGCAUUUUCCAGAGCUCACUAAGAUUGUCCAGGACAACAUUCUUUAUGCGAGGACAGUGAAGCUCAUGGGUGACCGUGUUAAUGCUGCUAAGCUUGAUUUUUCCGAGAUAUUGCCAGAAGAAGUAGAGGCAGAGUUGAAGGAAGCAGCUAUGAUAUCAAUGGGAACGGAAGUUAGCGAUCUUGAUUUAGCUAAUAUCAGAGAGCUCUGUGACCAGGUUCUCUCUCUUUCCGAGUACAGAGCUCAACUCUAUGAUUAUUUAAAAAACAGGAUGAACACCAUUGCACCAAAUUUGACUGCACUUGUUGGAGAGCUUGUUGGUGCUCGCCUCAUAGCCCAUGGGGGUAGCUUGUUGAAUCUUGCAAAGCAGCCUGGUAGCACAGUUCAGAUUCUUGGCGCUGAAAAGGCUCUCUUCAGGGCCCUGAAAACUAAGCAUGCUACUCCCAAAUAUGGGCUUAUCUACCAUGCAUCGUUGAUUGGUCAGGCACCACCAAAGCUUAAGGGAAAAAUUUCCCGAUCGCUUGCUGCAAAAUCUGUAUUGGCAAUUAGAUAUGAUGCCCUUGGAGAUGGUCAAGAUAACUCUAUGGGUUUGGAGAAUCGUGCCAAGCUUGAAGCACGGUUAAGGAAUCUUGAAGGUAGAGAAUUGGGUCGAUCCGCUGGGUCAGCCAAAGGCAAACCUAAGAUAGAAGUCUAUGAUAAGGAUCGAAAGAAGGGAACUGGUGGAUUGAUAACUGCUGCCAAGACAUAUAAUCCUUCAGCGGAUUCUGUUCUUGGGAAAACGGCAAAUACUACUGCUGGCAAUGAGGAGGAAACAGUCCCAAAGAAAAGGAAAGCAAAACUGUCUGAGACUGAGGAAGCAGAAGAGCAGGCUCCUGCUACUGGUGAAGAUAAGAAAGAUAAGAAGAAAAAGGAGAAGAAAGAGAAGAAGAAGAAGAAAGCUGAUGAGGGGGACACAGCUACGCCAACCAAUGGAAAUAACCAUGUGGAACAAGAAGGUGAAGAGGUGGUGACAAAAGAAAAGAAGAAAAAGAAGAAACAUUCAGCUGAGGAUGCCGGGGCACAUAAUGGGGAUGAGAAUGUCAACGCUGGUGAAAAGAAGAAGAAGAGAAAGCAUACCGAAGUAGAAGAAGAACCGGAAGCACCAAGCAAGAAGAAAGAGAAGAAAAAGAAGAAAAGCGUGGAUUGAGAAGUUCUGGAUGGCCAACCAAACAAUUUUGGCUAAUUUAGGUUGUCAACUCAGUACUUCUAUCUGUAAAAUUUACUUUUGGGUGCUUCAUCCUUUUCCUAGUGUGGUUUAUAUGUUAUUUGUAAUGUAUCUCUAAAUCUCUUGUGGACAUGAAUGCAAGGUAAGGGAGAGGACACAAUGUUAUAUUUGGCAAUAUCAGAUGAUUUAGAUUAUUGUUGCUUU